GACUUCGCCGUGGUCCGUCGUGCAUUUUGAUUUGUUUUUCUGCCGUUUUGGCCGAAUAAACUGUAUUGCGUUCCUCUCCGCUAAGUGUAACUGAAGCUACAAUCAAGCAAUAAUGGGUGACUAUCUUGGUUCGGUCGCUCUACCGAGCAUGAAAAUGCGACAGAGAAAACUUUGCCAGAUUCGACAACAGCCACGUGCGGCACCCGUCUACAAAGAUUCGAGCAACUUUGGCGUACGGAUGCUUGAAAAGCUGGGCUGGUCCGAGGGCAAGGGUCUUGGCAAGCGAGAGGAUGGCAUGGCUGCACCAAUUAUGCCCAAGAUAAAACAAGACGCGGAAGGCGUCGGAUAUGCAGGGGAAAAGGACGAUCAUUGGACGCAACAUGACCAGGAUUUCAAUCAGUUGCUGAAAUCGCUGAACGGUGAAGAAGCUCCCGCCGAGCGUGAGGGGGAUUUGAUGAAAAUGAAAUCCCUGGAGGAAAAGUCGAAGAAUUCGAGAGCCAGGGUACAUUAUAAAAAGUUUACCAGAGGAAAAGACUUGAGCAGGGCUAGCGAGAAGGAUUUGGCGAACAUCUUCGGUAAGAAAACGUUAGAUGAAGUGAAAAAUCAAACGGUGGUCGCUGAGGUAGAAGUCGACAAAGAGAUCCAGGAUGGUGAACAGGACCCUGACGAAUCCAACGUGAUGGGUUUGACCACGAUCAAAGCUUGCAUGUCUGUGCAGGAUUACUUCAAAAGUAAGAUGCAGGAAAAGUUUGGUGUUACAAAAGCAAACCCUGUGAUCGAGCAAGAAACAGUGGGAGAAACGGAGGAAGUACCGUCCAAAAAGAAGUCUAAAAAGUCUAAAAAAAGCAUUGAUUUAGACGAGACUGUGGCGGAUCCUUCUUCAGAAGAAGUCGUUGACAAUGGCGAGGAAAUAUCUAAGAAGCGAAAGAAGAAGACCAAGUCAAAGGACGAUGUAUCCGGGACUGUUCAAGAGCUCAAUUUAACGAAUGGUGUCGUAGAAGAAGAGCCAGAACAGGAAGAACCCCGUAAGAAAAAAUCUAAAAAGGAAAAGCGAACAAAGAUCGCACAGGAAGAACUCAGUUUAGACGGGACUGAAACAAAGAAGAAGAAAUCUAAGAAAGAUAAAUCACAGCAAUUACUGCAUGAUCAGCCGUUAGAAAUAGAAGAACCGGUAAAAAAGAAAUCCAAAAAGAAUAAUCGAAAGCGUUCCGAUGAAGAGGUUGAUUUAACUUCUCAACUCGACCAACAAACGGAAGAAAUCCAAGCUUCACCAUCGGAAGAAGUGCUUACGGAUGCCUCCACAGAAGAAGGCGAUGCUAGCAUUAAAAAGAAAAAGAAGGAGAAAACCGAAGAAGAGGAAGUUGCUCACAAUGUUGAAGAUGACGAAAUAACGUGUCGCGUGAAGGUUAGUGUGUUGAAACAGCUGGACGAAAGCGGAUUUCCCGGAUCUAACUAUGCGGAUAUUGUAGGCUACGGGCUGUCGCAGGAAGUGAAACUCAUCAAACGGGAAAGUCAUCGCAAGAAAAAUCUCGAGAAGCAUCAGUUUAUCCGGCAGAAGCAGAUGUCAUUCCAGCGAAAGAGACAGAUGCUGAAAAAGGUAAGCGCUUUCAAACGGAUAUGAGUUUUAAGUCCUAUAAUAUACGGCCUCUAGAUAAGAUUGUAAACUUUUCAAA